GGCUUCCACACUGGAGCUCUAGAAACGCGAGUGCGUCCUCCAGGUCACUGGGCAGACUUCCCCAGAGCCGUGGCCUCGCCCGCCCAGGGCUGCUCUGAGCCGCAGACGCCUCCUCACAAGAGCCAGCUCAGUCCCGACCCUGUGGACAGACGCUGCCGCCCCACGUGGCUAGGGGAGGCUGUGAGCUGCAGUCCAGACGGUGUUCUCAUUGGUGCCACCUGCAGAGAUAGAGGAGGAGUGCCUGCCACUCGGGCAGGCUCCUGACAGCGGCGCAAUGAGCGGCCCGGAGGUCAGCGGGGCGGCCUGAAGGCAGAGCAGCACGGCGGCCGCCCGCAGCCGGGGGCAGAUAUGGAGAAGUUCCAGGCUGCGAUGCUGCUGGGGGCCGUCGGGGACGCGCUGGGGUUUGGGCACGCUGCCAGGGAGAGCAGCGGCUCGGGCGCCAGGGUCCAGGGGGAGAUGGGGAAGGGAGGUGGGCUGGACCACCUCGUGCUCUCGCCGGAGAUGUGGCCUGUAAGCGACAACACCAUCAUGCACCUGGCCACAGCGGGGGCCCUCGUCACAGACUUCUGGUGCCUGGACGACCUCUACCGUGAGAUGGUGCGGCGCUAUGUGGACGUCCUGGAGAAGCUCCCGGAGCAGCGGGCAGACCCAGCCACCCUGGAGGGCUGCUCCCAGCUGAAGCCAGACAACUACCUCCUAGCGUGGCACACGCCAUUCAACGAGAAAGGCUCGGGGUUUGGUGCUGCCACCAAGGCAAUGUGCGUGGGGAUGCGGUACUGGCAGCCGGAGCGGCUGGAGACGCUGGUGGAGGUCAGCGUGGAGUGCGGCAGGAUGACACACAACCACCCCACAGGCUUCCUCGGGUCGCUGUGCACUGCUCUUUUUGCGUCGUACGCCGUCCAGGGAAAGCGGCUGGAGCAGUGGGGGCGAGACAUGCUGCGGACGGUGCCGCUGGCCGAGGAAUACUGUAAGAAGACCAUCCGGCACCUGGCAGAAUACCAGGAGCACUGGUUUUACUUCGAAGCUAAGUGGCAGUUUUACCUGGAGGAGAGAAAAAUCAUCGAGGACACCGAGAACGAGGCCAGCUUUCCCGACCGCUACGACGCGGAGGAGAGGGAAAAAACCUACAGGAAAUGGAGCUCUGAGGGCCGCGGGGGCCGCCGGGGCCAUGACGCCCCCAUGAUCGCCUACGACGCCCUCCUGGGAGCCAAGGGCAGCUGGACGGAGCUGUGCCGCCGUGCCAUGUUCCACGGAGGUGAGAGCGGGGCCACCGGGGCCAUCGCCGGCUGCCUGUUCGGGCUGCUGCACGGCCUGGACGCGGUCCCCGUGGGCCUGUACCGCGCGCUGGAGCACCAGGAGGAGCUGAGGCGCCUGGGCGAGGCGCUGCACCGCCUGUCCUCGCAGGAGAAGUAAAGCCUCCCCGCCAAGGCCACACGCAGCCCCCGUGUCGCCUUAGCCCGCCCUGCAGGUCCCUGGGGCCUAACUGCUGCGUAAAAUGCAUCGCUUGUCCGAUGAGCGUGUUCUCCCUGCCCUGGCCUCGUGCCUUACUGACGUCACUCUGCAUUCGACACCUCAGACCUCCAAAUACAAGGUCAUGAAGGGCCUCUUGGA